AUGCUGACUGCUCGGGAGAUCGGUAUAACUGUCAUCGAGGCAGUGGUAUGCCCUACUGCUUUCUGGCGAUUCACAGGUGCCGCCUUCCGACAAUCGCACGAGCAAUCUGACGAGGAAUCGGGCGACGAGGCCAAGAAUGGACUUCGAGAUGCUCUUUUCACCCGCCCCGCUGCGCGCGUAUCUUGGCUCUCUUCCUUUGUCCUACUGUUUUAUGUGGGAGUGGAAGUCACGGUCGGCGGCUGGAUAGUUACCAUUAUGAUGGAAGUUCGACAUGCGGCGCCAUUCCCCAGCGGCAUGACAGCGACUGGAUUUUGGCUAGGGAUAACUGCAGGACGGGUAGUCCUGGGUGUGUGCGUUGAUUGUAUGGUUGGUUCCCAAUUUCUAUGUCUCUGCGGUGGUGGUGUCUAUCCAGGGUUUCUUCCUCGGUCCACUAUUUCCCUGCGUGGUCGCUGUCAUAACCAAGCUUCUGCCCAAGCAUCUUCAUGUGGCAGCGGUUGGCUUCGUGGCUGCAUUUGGAGGUGCUGGUGCAGCAGUCCUCCCAUUUGUGGCCGGAGGAAUUGCACAGGGUACAGGAGUUAA